AUGGCCAUCCCCGGUUGGAAGAUAUCCAUUGGCUUCACAGAUCGAUUGACAGCCAUUCAAUCGCUAACGACUGCCUAUCAAAGAGCGUCAUCCUCCGCGGCCUUCUCCGAGGCCCAGUCGCAAGCCAGGAAAUUCGAGAGCGAAGCUUUCGACCAAGCUACCUCAAAGGAGCAAUAUGACACACUAUGUCAAGAGGCCAUUGACGCGGCAGAGAUCGCUGGGUCGACAGCUCCCAUCAUGGAUAGUCUAGAUCAGCCAAGUGCCAACUCCAACCCGGAGCACUGGGACGGAGGUGAGGCUAUUGGCCCUUAUCGGUCGUGCGUCCCUCAUUUCGAUGGCAUCCAUUCCAUGAUCUAUAAGUCCAGACACGCCGACGGUAGCCUAGUAGCGGUCAAGGUGACCGUACCUCAUUUAAUGACCCCACCACACGACGCUAAACGUGAGGCCCUGCUCCUGCGGGAGGCGGCUAGUCCUCACGUUGUAUCAUUGCGGGAGACUCUCAGUCUGGACGGAGGACGAUUCGUUCUCGUCUUUCCCUUCAUGAGAUACGAUUUCGAACAACUCCUUCGCCGAGAUGCACUAACCGCGACCCAGACCAAGUCUCAUCUGCGGGAUAUGUUCAGCGCAUUGGCAUAUGUCCACAAGCUAGGACUUGUGCAUCGCGAUAUCAAACCAUCCAAUAUAUUGCUCGAUUCUCCCGAGGGCCCCGCAUACCUGGCGGACUUUGGAAUCGCCUGGAAGGAGGGAAGCAUGGGCUCCGAGCCCGCCGACGAGAAGAUCAUAGACGUGGGAACCACAUGCUAUCGUCCGCCCGAGAUCCUGUUUGGUUCCAAGGGAUAUGGAGCCGCCCUCGACCUCUGGGCCGCGGGUUGUGUUAUGGCUGAAGCUGUAACUGUUGGGCACAAGCAACUAUUCGACUCCGGGCCUCUGGGAAGCGACUUAUCACUCAUUCAGUCUAUAUUCCAGACCCUUGGAACUCCAGACGAAGAAACUUGGCCGGAGACUCAAAGUCUUCCGGACUGGGGGAAGUUUCAAUUUUACGAGUACCCUCCCAAGCCAUGGGAUGACGUCCUUAAAGGAGCCUCUACCAAGAGCCGCGAUCUGGUGAGCAAGCUGGUGGUUUACGAGAGCAGUCAACGCCUUUCUGCUGAAGAGGCCUUGAAACAUCCUUACUUCUCGGCCUUUUGA